CAGCCGCACAGCGGGAGUGGCGAGCUCCGAUUCCAUUUGCGCCGGCUCCUGGUGGGUGCUGGAGGCAGAAGACGCCGUGGAUCUGUUUUUCCUGGUCUGAUAACGCCUUGCGUGUGGUGGGGCAGGAGCGGGGCUGUGGUUGAUGGAUGACCCAGUGUCUCCGGCUAGCAUUUACGGAGCCCUUUUCGGACCGAGGCCUGAGGGCAGUGGAAAGGCGCUGAUGUUGGAUUUUUGACCAGAAACUCUUCUCUGAACAAACUGUGUACACUGUGAACAGUGAAACUGCAGCGGGAGGAGAGGGACAAAUAGAACCAUGGUUUGGUUUCACAGAAAACUCUCUGUGAUGUCAUUCUUAUGGUUCAAGAAAGAAAGAUCCCAGCCCACCGUGUUGUGCUUGCUUCAGCCAGUCAUUUUUUUAACUUGAUGUUUACUACAAAUAUGAUCGAAUCAAAGUCCUUUGAAGUGGAGCUAAAAGAUGCAGAGCCUGACAUUAUUGAACAGCUCGUGGAGUUUGCUUACACUGCAAGAAUCUCCGUUAACAGCAAUAAUGUCCAGUCUUUACUAGAUGCAGCAAACCAGUAUCAGAUUGAACCUGUGAAAAAAAUGUGUGUGGACUUUUUAAAAGAACAAGUUGAUGCUUCCAAUUGUCUUGGCAUAAGUGUGCUAGCAGAAUGCCUAGACUGCCCAGAACUGAAAGCCACUGCAGAUGACUUCAUCCAUCAGCAUUUCACUGAGGUUUACAAGACUGAUGAGUUUCUUCAGCUUGAUGUUAAGCGUGUGACACAUCUCCUGAACCAAGAUACACUGACAGUGAGGGCAGAAGACCAGGUUUAUGAUGCAGCAGUCAGAUGGCUGAAGUAUGAUGAGCCAAAUCGCCAACCCUACAUGGUUGAUAUUCUUGCUAAAGUCCGAUUUCCUCUAAUAUCAAAGAACUUCUUAAGUAAAACAGUUCAGGCUGAACCACUUAUUCAGGAUAACCCAGAAUGCCUUAAAAUGGUGAUCAGUGGGAUGCGAUACCACCUCCUUUCCCCGGAAGACCGAGAAGAGUUAGUGGAAGGUACCCGGCCAAGAAGAAAAAAACAUGAUUAUCGCAUUGCUUUGUUUGGAGGCUCUCAGCCCCAGUCCUGCAGAUAUUUUAAUCCCAAGGAUUACAGCUGGACAGACAUCCGAUGUCCCUUUGAAAAGCGCAGGGAUGCAGCUUGUGUCUUCUGGGACAACGUAGUUUAUAUUUUGGGUGGUUCCCAGCUCUUCCCUAUAAAGCGAAUGGACUGCUACAAUGUGGUGAAGGAUAGCUGGUAUUCCAAGCUAGGACCUCCAACACCUCGAGAUAGCCUUGCAGCCUGUGCUGCUGAGGGCAAAAUUUAUACAUCUGGUGGUUCAGAAGUGGGCAAUUCUGCACUGUAUUUAUUUGAAUGCUAUGACACAAGAACAGAGAGCUGGCACACAAAGCCCAGCAUGCUGACUCAGCGAUGCAGCCAUGGAAUGGUAGAGGCGAAUGGGCUCAUUUAUGUAUGCGGAGGGAGCCUGGGAAACAAUGUUUCUGGAAGAGUCCUGAAUUCCUGUGAAGUUUAUGAUCCAGCCACAGAAACGUGGACUGAACUGUGUCCAAUGAUUGAAGCCAGAAAGAAUCAUGGGCUGGUGUUUGUAAAGGACAAAAUAUUUGCUGUGGGUGGACAAAAUAGUUUAGGUGGCCUUGAUAAUGUAGAAUAUUACGAUAUCAAGAUGAAUGAAUGGAAGAUGGUGUCUCCAAUGCCAUGGAAAGGUGUAACAGUGAAGUGUGCUGCAGUGGGAUCUAUAGUCUAUGUCCUGGCUGGUUUUCAGGGUGUUGGUCGCUUAGGGCACAUUCUUGAAUAUAACACUGAAACAGACAAGUGGAUAGCCAACUCCAAAGUGCGUGCUUUUCCAGUGACAAGUUGUUUAAUCUGUGUUGUAGACACUUGUGGGGCAAAUGAAGAAACUCUAGAGAUCUGAAGACUGUAGGAGAUGCCAAGGCAUUCUUCAAGGACUCGGGAAAAGAUGGUUAUUGGUGCUUUGCUUCCAUGUUUUACUGAACCAUGUUAAAUUUAUUAACAGGAAAAAAAAUGAGAUGCAGUCUUUCAAUUUGUGUAUACAGCAUAUUGUAUGAUGUGGAUUUUGUCACACCCAUUUUCUUGUCUGUUUUAAAGAGAUGGGGAUGUAUUUUGAGAACCAACUUCCCUAGGUGGUAUCACACAGCAUCUUCCUUUAAAAGGACUGUGGGUGUGGCCUUGUCAGACACAGACCCAAUCCAAAUAUUUAGAAUGCCUCUAAAGCAUUUGAUAAGGAAAAAAAAUUCUGGUUAAAUGGCAUUUUACCAAGAUCAGGUGCAGAGACACUUCCUUUAUUGAAGGUGAGUAAAUACAGCUUGGCUCAUGAGAAAGAGGAACAACAAUUUUUUCUCCUUCACACCUACAUGCAGAAAUCUUACUGGGAUUAAAUGAAGAUAUUUUCUCAGGAAAGACCAAGGACUGCUGUCUAAUAAAGAUUCCCAAUGUUUCAACGGCUUUCUAGAUCUUGAUAGCUGUCCUCUUCCAGUGAGUUUCUUCCAUCAUUUGCAUGACUGCUUAUCAGUUUUUUUAAGAUGAGGGAGGCCAUACAUAGAAAUUAAAGCAACACUUUGAUGGUAUCUUUGGCAUUUUAUGGAGCUUUCACAGAGACUUUUUGAUUUUUUUUAAUUUUUUUUUUUUUAAUUACACUGAGGUAGGGAACGGUGGGGCAAGUUGUCGAGAAUUGUGCACUAUAAUUAGCAAGUUGGAAACUUGAAAAGAAUUUUCAAUCUAUCUUCCUCGGCAUCAGACUGUACAUACUGUGGAUGCCAAACCGUUAGCAAACAUGGGAACAGGAAUGAGAAAAGCAAAGUCAAUACAGCAGAUAUAUUGAUUUUCUUCUUGAAAAUUACUGUUUUUAAAAUGGCAUGAACCAAGUCAUUAAAGAUACUUUACAGAAGUC